UCCAGGACCAUACUCUCAACCACAGAACACUUUCAGUUCUUACAUCAGGAGGAGAGUUCUUCUAUGUAGUUCACAACAACUUUUUAGGUGCUGGGAUUAGCCUGCCAUGUACUGUGAUGGAGUAUGGUGAUAUCAUUAUAUAGAAGCAUUCUUUUAAGGACUCGUUUAUGGAGGGUGUAUAAGAAGCCUUCGUAUAAGGUUUCAAGUGUUUGAUGAAAUGUCAAUUUGAAUCUAAUCUCUAUUCUUUUCUUAUUUGUUUCUUGGUCUUGCUUGUGCCAUUAAUUUUAUUAUCUCCAAUAUGAUGCAGUGCAUGUCUAUUGUUUAAUGAAAUGCUAGAAAGAACGUUCUGCGCAUGCCUGUUUGGCUUUCAGUGAGUUCGAUAAAAUGACAGCGAGGAUGAUAACUUUUUUUUUUCUUUUAAGAUUUGUCAAGUUAAUUAAGGGUGGCCAUCUAAUACUUUACUUUGGUAAAUUUAAAAGAAUUUUUUUUUUCUAAAAGUAAUAAAAUUUUAGCAUUAAUUUGUUCUUGCUAAUUAAUAAAAAACUCUUGAGAAGGACAAAAAGGACCAAAAUCCAAACGGUCCACAUUUGGAGUGGGAUUUUAGGAUUUGCGGACGUGGCAUUCUAAGAGGAAAACGACGCUGUGUUUGUUGAUUCAGGAGAAUUAAAUUUAGAACAGACAGUUAAACUGCCUCCAGCGAGAGCCGAGAUAUUUCGACAGAGAGAAAAGGAUCAGAGGUUUCACGAAAAUUGCAGAGUCGCGCGUUAACGAUCCUCGCCGACCUAUUCCCGUUCUUCACAAAAGAAGUGCACACUUCCUUUUUCAUUAUUAUUGUUGUUUGAAGAUGGAGUCUCUCAGCUCUCCGCGAGCUCGAAAAUCUCGUCUCGGAUUUUCUGGAAAUCGGUUAAUUUGCGGCACUUGUCGACUCUUUUAUUGCAUUCUUCCGUUUAGUAGGUGGCUCUGAUCCUCGUUGCCUCUUAUGUCCAGCGCAUUGUGAUUUGGAUGCUGUUUUUGGGUUACAACGUGCAAAAAUUAAUCAGUUUAUUGGAAGAUUCAAUGCGUUUAUUGAUUUCUAGGGUUUUGUUAUCCGGAAGAGAGUCAGUUCAGCUCUUUCUCGGCUCAUAGUAGAUUGUUUGGUUUUGGUUUGACGGCUUUGUAGAUUUUUAGAGCUUUAAGGAAGGAGUUAAAUGAAGUUGCUAUUUGGUUUUGGAGGUGAAUUUAGUAUUAUGGGGUAGACAAGGAAUAAUGUUGUUGGAGAAAUUUGUUGCUCAAAGUUGGAGACUGUUUUAUGGGGUAAAUUUUUUGUAAAGGGCUGGUGUUCAAAUGGGCAUUGGUUCUACACCAAGGCAGCAACUUGAAUGGCUGAUUCUCAGAGAAAUGGUCCUGCCGAGAGGGAUAUCGACCAGGCCAUUACAGCACUUAAGAAAGGGUCAUAUUUACUCAAGUAUGGGCGUAGAGGGAAGCCAAAAUUUUGUCCAUUUCAACUUUCAAAUGAUGAGUCUGUGUUGAUAUGGUACUCCGGUAAAGAAGAGAAACAGCUUAAACUUAGUCAAGUUUCAAAGAUUAUACCUGGACAGCGUACUGCAAUAUUUCAACGGUAUCCUCGACCAGAAAAGGAGUAUCAAUCAUUUUCUCUUAUAUACAAUGAUAGGUCAUUGGACUUGAUAUGUAAAGACAAGAAUGAAGCUGAUGUUUGGUUUGUAGGCCUUAAAGCACUGAUUUCUCGUGGUAACUGUCAUCGUAAGUGGAGAAUUAAGACAAGAAGCGAAAUCACACCACCAGAUAGUCCACAUGCUCGUAUACGGAAGCAUUCUCCAUCUUUUUCGCCAUUUCUCUGUGAUCCAGGGCAAGGAGAUGGUCAUGGAAGUCAGGUUCCUGUUGAUAGUACACCACAAAAUAGAUUGGGAAAGGCAUUCUCUGACAUAAUGUCAUAUACUGCUGUUCCCAAGAGUCCAAGUCAAGCAGAUCUAACUAGCCCUUUUAGUUCAUUAACAGCUGCAUGUGUAGAUAACUCAAGUGGUCGAACUUCUGCAGCUGAUGCAGUUAGAGAAAGUUUAUCCAGUGCUGUAAGCUCAUCCAGCCAGGGUUCCUACCAUGAAGACUUUGAUGCCUUAGGUGAUGUUUUCUUGUGGGGAGAAGGUAUUGGUGAUGGUAUACUGGGUGGUGGCAUGGACAGAACUGGGUAUUCAUCUAGUUCCAAGAUAGACCUACUUCUACCCAAGGCAUUAGAGUCUAAAGUUGUUCUAGAUGUCCAUAAUAUUGCUUGUGGUGGCAGGCAUGCUGUGUUGGUCACCAAGCAAGGUGAGAUCUUUAGCUGGGGAGAAGAGUCAGGUGGCAGGCUUGGGCAUGGCGUAGAAACAGACGUUCCCCACCCAAAGCUUGUAGAUACCCUGGCUGGGGUUAAUAUUGAAUUAGUAGCAUGUGGAGAGCACCACACUUGUGCUGUUACUCUUUCUGGGGAUCUUUAUACAUGGGGUGAUGGUGCUUAUAAUUGUGGUCUUCUUGGGCAUGGAAGUGAAGCCAGUCAAUGGUUGCCUAAAAAAAUAUGCGGUGACAUUGAGGGUUUACAUGUAUUAUAUAUCUCCUGCGGACCUUGGCAUACUGCUGUUGUGACAUCUGGUGGUCAGUUGUUUACAUUUGGAGAUGGAACUUUUGGCUCCCUUGGUCAUGGAGACCGCAGUAGCACGAGCAUACCACGGGAAGUGGAAGCCUUGAGAGGACUACGAACAACAAGGGUUGCUUGUGGUGUUUGGCACACUGGUGCUGUUGUUGAAGCAAUGACCGAGUCAGCUAGUCCAAGAGCUACUAGCAGCUCUUCAUUGGGAAAACUAUUCACCUGGGGUGAUGGAGAUAAAGGCCGCCUCGGACAUGGUGAUAAAGAAUCUAGACUAAUUCCUGUAUGUGUAGAUGUCCUAGGUGAUGAAAAUAUUUGUCGAGUAGCCUGUGGGCCUAAUAUCACUGUUGCCCUUACAGCAGCAGGACGAGUAUAUACAAUGGGAAGUGCUUCUUAUGGGCAACUUGGAAAUCCUACAGCUGCUGGGAAGGUUCCUACUAUUGUUGAAGGUAAAAUAGCAGGUAGUUUUGUAGAAGAGAUUGCCUGUGGUUCUUAUCAUGUUGCGGUUUUGACUUCCAAAGCAGAGGUUUAUACUUGGGGAAAGGGCACAAAUGGACAACUAGGCCAUGGGGACAAUGAAGAUAGAAAUACACCUACACAUGUUGAGUUUCUAAAAGAUAAGCAAGUAAAGACCAUAGCGUGUGGUUCAAACUUUACUGCAAUUAUAUGUCUCCAUAAAUGGGUUUCCAGUACUGAUCAUUCAGUAUGCUCUGGUUGUCGUAAUCCAUUUGGUUUUAGAAGAAAACGCCACAAUUGUUACAACUGUGGUCUAGUGUUUUGCAAAGCAUGCAGUAGUAGAAAAUCUUUAAAAGCUUCCUUGGCUCCAAACAUGAAUAAGCCACAUAGGGUCUGUGACGAUUGUUUUAAUAAACUAAAGAGGGCUGCAGAUCUUGGUUCAGUUGCUAAAGUUCCUAAAGCAAGAGUUGGAAUUAUGAACCAUAAAACUAAUGAUUCAGCAGAUAGAGAGGUUUUUGGUCCCAGAUCACUGGCACAACUCUCCAGACUUUCAUCUGCAGAGUCUGUUGGUCAGGCCGAAAGCUGGCAUUGCAGGCGUGGCAGAUUAUCUGAAUCAGAUAGUAGCCGUAUAUUCCCUGUUCUAAAUGGAACAUGGCAAUGGGGGGGGCUUUACUCAUCGAAAGUGUCAACUUUCCCAGGUGGCACUCCAAAGAAAAUUUUCCAAAAUUCUGCUCCUGUUUCCACAACAGCCUCUCUAGCAACACCUCCUCUUCCAGGGAGGAUAAGUCCACCUCGAUCUUCUUUUGACAAUUCAAAGUACAUGAAUGACUCUUUAAUUGAUGAAAUUACAAGUUUGAGGGCACAGGUAGAAGAUCUUACUUCCAAAUCCAGUCGCCUUGAUGCUGAACUUCAAAGAAAAUCAAAGCAACUUAAGGAGGUUGCUGCAAUAGCAGCAGAUGAAGCUGAAAAACGCAAAUCUGCGAAGGAAGUUAUCAAGUCUCUUACUGCUCAGAUUUUUCACAUUACAGCUGGCUGUGAAGAAACCCUCUAUAGUACAAAUUCAAGUUUGAUCUUUGAAACAAUCAAUUCAGUCUCAUGGAAUCUUCAAUCAUGAAAUGGCUCAAUCUCUGUUCUCUAGAUCAAGGCUUCUGUAUCUUCAAGGACCUUAUACAUUUGCAUUUGGUUUCUGUCACAUUGCAUAUUCAAUAUUGUAAUACCUUAGCUUCAUCCUUCAUAAAAAACUAAACAAGUAAAUGUACGCGCAGCAACCUGUUAAGGAUUGAAUCCCUAACAAGACAGAAAGAGAGGAAAGGGAGAAAAAUAGAAGAAAGGGGAGAAUUGCAGAGUAGAGAGAAUUAGAGAGAGAGAGAGAGAGUAGAAAGGAAGAUUGAUUGAUAACUGUUGGAAUAUCAAUACAAGAGUUGAUAUCUGAGUUAUUAUAUAGCAGACUCUAACAACUGCUAGUAACUAAUUCAGCUACUUGACAACAACCUAACUUCUUCAGCUAGCUACUUAAUUCCUUUCCUGCCUUUUUAAUGCCACCUCGUCAAUCUUUUGCCACAUAAUAACUCUUCUUCUCUCUUAUAUGUAACACAACCCACAUACAUAUAAGAGAUAACACUGAAGGAAUUCUGUCUUGUCCGUGAUCAGAUGUUUUUUUGGUCCAAAUAGACUAGAAUGGAAUGAACAAAAAAAUUUCCUUUCAUCUUCUAUUUGGGGCAACAAUUGGAUAUUAUAAAAGCAGAUUCUUGUUUUUUUUAGUCCUUCUUUUGUCCCUUAUCCUCCAUUGGACAUCUUGGUCAGUCCAAUGAGGAAACAGUAAUAAAAUCUAUAUUAAAAAAUAUCCAAUAAAUAAAUAUAUAUAAACAAAGAUUAAAUUACUUCAUUAAUAUAAAUUGAAAGAAAAUUUUGAAAUUUCAUAAUGUAAUAUUACAUGAAAUUUGUGUUGAGCACUAAGAUGACAGCAAUGUGUGAAUAAGUCUAACAGCUUACCGGCAGUGUUUGCUGGGAAACCUUCAAUAUGAAUUAAUUGAAAAAAUAAACAAAAUCUAACUGACAACUUAAUUAUUUCUGAAAUCUUAUUAACUGAUAUUCUUUCUAUAUAUUGUGGAGGGUGGGGGUUGAUUGGGGUUUGGAUACUCGUUCAUAUCUCUGAAUCAUUUGAUAUAGCAAUAUG